AUGGCAGCCACCAUGACUUCCUCAAGCAGCACAGAUGAUGAAGAAAAUGCACCUGAUUGUAGUAAUAAAUCGAAAUGUAGACAUUGCUACAUGCACAUUGCUUCGGUGAAGCAUGAGGAGGUCAACCAUUUUACCGCUACAAGAUGGAACACCUACCGGACAAGCCUGCAAAAGUGGCUGGAGUUGGAGGGGGAGUGUCGGGAUGUGGCUGCCAACUUCAGACACUGUUUGGAGGUGGAGUUUGACAGUAUUCCAGCAGAUGCCGGCUUCCAUCAUACAUGCUACAGGAGAUUCAAGCCAUCUCAAAGGUGGAUCGACGGCUUGCACGAGAAAGACCGCAACAAGAAAGCUGCCGAGUUGAAAGCAGAUCAAAGUAUCCUUAUACACAUUAAAGAUAAAGACUGUGUGGCCCUGGAAGUCCAGUACCACAAAGGCUGCUACAGCCAGUACACCAGGUUCUUGACGAGGCCUGCCAAAGCUAUAAAAGAACAGAAUGAGCCCAUGUUUGAUAGCAGCUACAGAGUGUUCUGUGAGAGGAUCAUUCGGCAAAGGCUGCUUAUCAACAAAGAGGUGCUAAGAAUGGGCCAGCUGAGGAAGGCCUUCAUUGAUCUGGUUAAAGAAAAUGAAGAUAUUGAUGCCUCAAACUACAGACUGGAUAUGUUGAAGAAGAGGCUGACUCGUGAUUUCCCCCAGCUGGUGUUUCACCACCACGCUGGUGUUUGCCCACCAAGCGCAACAUCUGCGAGCUGGUUUUUGUAGAGAGUCUGUCAAAGGAUACACUAGUGGACAUGCUGCCUCAUCCAUCAGGUGCGGAGACCACACAGUCAAGUGAGUUGAGCCAGACGGACAGCUAGACUGAAAAAGGGACAACUAAGUGCCAAACAACACAAGAGGACACAAGGACACUAUAUACAGCAGCAUUGUUCUUAAAAAGACAGCUUAGUGACACUCCUGGCAUGUCAUGCCCAUGGCCUCCAACUUCUGAAAAUUUGAAUGUCUCUGAAGCACAAACUGUCGUUCCCCUUGCACUAUACAAUGUAGUUAGCUGGAUUAUAGGCGCCACUGAGGAGCCAACACUGGAUUAUUAUGUCAACAUUGCUGAUGACUUGCAUUUGAAAGUGUUAUCUCUUUGUCAAGACAUUGUGUACCUUGCUUCCAAGGGCCGUAAGCAGACACCUAAGUCAUUGACUUUAGGUUUAACUGUUCGACAUUUAACAGGAUCAACACGCAUUGUGUCACUGCUUAACAGACUGGGACAUUGUGCAUCAUGGGACACAGUUUUGAGUUUAGACACUAGCCUUGCCCAACUGACACUAGUAGAACGAGACAAAAUACCAAAGGGAUUCUCAAAGAGGGCACCCACAACACUUGUGUGGGAUAACAUUGACUUUGGGGAGGAGACUCUAUCAGGUCGUGGAACUACUCACCAUACAAAUGGAAUUAUGCUCCAGAGUUUGGCCAUCGAGCCUAUGUCCACAGCAAUCAGACAGCCACUAAGGAAGGGAGUUUCCUCAUUCAAAGCCCCCCCUCAAAUGCCUAUAGAACCAUACCAUCAGUCCAAAAGGCAAGG